AUGUUCAAGAGCAAGAAAGGCGGUUCGUCGGAGGCUGCGCGCGACCAUGCGAGCAUUGCGCUUGCGAGCGGCUUCCUCGCGGUGCCCGUGAGCAUUUCGCCGGCCAAGACGAGCAAAAAGGCGGACGAGGUGACGCACUGGGUGUAUGUGCGCAAGCACGUCUCGUCGGGUGCAUCUUCGGCGGUGGCAUCGACAUCGAAGCUGACCGAGGCGGCUCAGCUGCCUGCGGAGCGCACGCUGUUCAUGGCGAAUCUGCCCGUGGAUACGACCGAAUCGCAUCUGCGCAACAUCUUCGCCAAGGCAGGCAACAUCUCCUCGAUCCGCUUCCGCCGCACUGCGAGCGCGGACGAUGAGGAUGAGCACGAGGAAAAGGGCCAGGGUGAAGAUUCCACCGACGACGAAGAGGAGCAUCACCAGUUGGUGCAGGCCAAGGGAAAGCGCAACAAGGGUGUGCAGAAGAAGAGUCGAGUGCCGCGUGUUGAGGCACUGCCAAGUUUGGAUCCCAGGGAGGCGAUGGGCUCGCAGGCGUUGCUGACUACAUCAUCGUCGGCACACAUUGUGUUUCUCGAGCCGAGCUCGCUCGUGCGGGCGCUCGAGCUUCUGCAGUCGGGCAUUCGAUGGACCGAUCCCUUCCGAUCGCUUCGUCGUCAAGCCUCAAAGCAGACCGACACUCCCCCUGCUCGCGCCACAACAUCGGCAUCCUUCCUCCUCUCCGCCGGAGCGGGCAUUCCACCCGUGGGAUUGGAGCUGCUGCUGGGACAGUACUCGGCGUGUCGUCCCGAGCUGUCGGAGGUGCAGGCGUGGGCGGACUCGCGCGUGGCGCUCUACCAGUACCGCCGCGCCCACCCGCUGCCGCGCAAGAUCGGCGUGCGCGGCGUAACCGUCGGCCCCACGGGCGAACUUUUGGACGAGGACGGAUUCAUCAUCGUCCAGCGUUCGGGCAAGUACGGCCGUGCCGGUGCAGCGGCCGAUGCAGGCGGCAGCGUCGGUGUGGCCAAACACGACUUUAAGCCCAACACCAAGAACAAGGGCGAGGGUCUGGAGGACUUCUACCGGUUCCAGAUGCGCGAGCGCAAGAGGCAGCAGCUCGCCGACCUGCGCGCCAAGUUCGAGGCCGACAAGCAGAAAGUCGCCUCCCUCAAGGCAGGCAGGCGCUUCAAGCCGUAUUAG